UGGAAAGGAGCAGCAUCGGCGCUGCAAGAGACAGAUAGAGAGAGAGAGAGAAGGAGCGACAGGCUGUGGAGGAGAAGACGCAAAGCUUCACCGCUGCCUGGAGAUGAAACAUACAUCUCUCAAACCCUGAGCAAUCCGAUCUCACUUGGUGUCGCCAUGUAUUUUGGUAAUGUGUGUAACAGUGUUCUGCCGCCACUGGCUCACCCCACGCUGGGCAGGAUGCAGCCCUCCCCUGACCCGAAGCCCCUCCUCCCCUUCCACCUGCUGCCUGGAUUCACUGAUAUGGAUCACGUCCGUAAAGCUCUGAUUGGCCCAGCCUUUGGGCUAACCUCGUCGCUGAAGAGGAAGCCCAGUUCCUGUGGAGUCUGUCGACUGAGGUUCAACUCUGAGGUGCAGGCCUGUUCCCAUUAUAGUGGCACCAAACAUGCAAAAAGGCUGAAAGCCAUGGAUGCCCCAGAUUCAAAGAUCAGGACCUCUGAACCGGUCGCCAAGGAAACCACAUUGCACAUCCUCUUGUCACCCUGCUCACAGCCCACCAGCUCUGACACAACAUCAGGAGAACCUUCUGCCCCAAAGCCUACCUCAGAGGUGGUACAAUCAACCACUGAAACUGUGAAAGCACCAUCUGACCCCUCCCUGUCACCCUGCUCGAGGACACCAGAGAAAGAGACGCAAAAAGAUGGAGACACUGAGAUGGCUCCAGAGGAAGAAACAGAAGAAGAGAAAGCUAUACGUCUUCUCUACUGCUCCCUCUGCAAGGUGGCCGUGAACUCUGCCUCGCAGCUACAGGCCCACAACAGUGGCACUAAGCACAAGACAAUGCUGGAGGCUAGAAGUGGUGAUGGAGCCAUCAAGUCUUUCCCACGGACAGGGAUCAAGGCCAAGCUGGCCGCACCGUCUGAGUCGUCGACUGGACUCCAGAACAAAACUUUCCACUGUGAGAUCUGCGACGUGCACGUCAACUCCGAGACUCAGCUCAAACAGCACAUCAGCAGCAGGCGACACAAAGACAGAGCAGCAGGUAAACCAGCCAAGCCUAAGUUUGGCCCCUAUGCUCCCACCCAGCGUCACCAGAGUUUCCAGGGAAUUCAGCUGGCUCUACGGAAGAACCGGGACUUGACCAAACCUCUGGGCUCUUGUCUCCUACAACAUCAGUUCUCUGUUGCUGCCGUUGCUGCUAUGGCAACACUGCCCCGCUUCCCUCUCCGGCCACCCUCAUGCUCAAACCCAGCCCUGUUUCAGAAUCAGCCCCUCCCCCAGGCACUUCUACAUCCAACCACUGGAGCCAUCUGUUCAACGCACACGCCAGUUCUGUUUUCUCCUUACUGACCCUGUCGACAUUUCAAUUAACUCUGAACUACAGCUAAAAGCAAGACCUGAGACCUGAACACGAUGUGAUGUUAGGCAGCGCUUGCUGUACUCCACUUACUGACACAUAUUGCUGGUGUCAUGGACCAGGACUGAAAACUUUGUUUGCAGGGCCAGAUCCAUAAAACACUUUGGGACUGAGGAUGCAGCAAAUGAGUGAAAGCAGAGAAUUUUCUGAUGUGAGUGUGUGUGUGUGUGUGUGUGUGUGUACACACGACUGCAUGUGCAGAUAUAGCCAUCAUAAAACCUGUUAGAGCAUUUUGCUCUACACCAUUAAGUUCCACAUAUACUGAUGAUCUCCAAAACAUUCACGAAGGACCCUGUUUGCACCAAUUUAGUAGAUAUGACAUAGAUGCCGAGUGGUGAACUUCUGUGAUGACUAUGACUGUGUGCUUGUGUGUGUGCAUAUGCUUCUAAGUAUGAAUGCCAGUAAGACCAUGCUUGACUCAAUAUGUUUAUUAUUUUCCAAUAAACAAUAGCUGUGGAUAUUCUGAUUUUAGAAAAUCCAUUAUUACCUUUCAGAGAGUGAAUGCAGCCUUACUAGGUCGCAUUGAUGAAAAGGACUUCAAAACAUUUAGUAAACACAUUAAAUUUAAUGUAAUAUUCAUCAGUUUUUCAGAUAGAUCUUGGUUCCAACAGAUUUAUUAAAUCAGAUGCAAUGCAGGACCAAACAUACAGUAUAUCUUAGACCUUUCAGAUCCUUGCAUACGUGUUCGCCCAGACACUGCCAGAAAUGUGGCCGCACCGAGGCGCAGUCAGGCAUCACCUCUUCUCAAACCCAUAACUCUCUGUAUUCAGACUCUGACCUAAGCCUCAUCCUCCUUUUGUUCCUUGAUCUGUAUUCAAGUAUUUUCUUUUUAAGCACAAAAUGAAAAGGACAUAUCCGUAGCCUUUUAUUUGGUUUUGGCUUCUAAGCUUUAGGAUUGUGGUCCAACUAUUUAUUACAAAUGAGUUCAGAUAAACCUAUCCCCCCACCAACUCCCCUACAGCGUCGUUCUCUGAGAUAAAUCAAAACAGGAAUGUUAUGUCUGACUUCUGUGCCUGUCUUUUCAGUGAGGUUUACUACAUUGCUGCCUCAAGCAACGUGUAGCUAAUUAAGGAAAAUAUAUGUUUUAGCAAAAGGUAAUUUUAAAUGCCUAGAGCUAUGGAGCUAAUGUGUACUGCUGCUUCAGUGCAGACUCUGAGGAUCAGUGGUGGAAAGUAACUAAGUACAUUUCCUUAAGUACUGUACUUAAGUACAGUUGUGAGGUAUCUCUACUUGAGUAUUUUCAUUUUUCCUUAUAUAAGAUAAUUUAAUUAGCUCUACCUUUACCCUCUGGAACAUCAAAUGUGAUGUUCACCAUAAUACAUCAACAGUUACAAUCCCAUAACUGAUUAAUGUGAAAUGUGCCAUUCUGCAUAGGCACUUUUAUUUUUGGUACUUUUAGUAUAUUUUCA